ACCACGGAACCUCCGCAAGGAAGAGAGGAAGUAGAGAGAGGAAAAGGUUUAUUUAAGGGGGUUGACUGCCUUAGAGCCAUCAAGAACAACAGAGAGCAGAGUUUCCAUCCUUUUUUCACUCUGAGCAACAAAAAAAGAAACAAUUCCAGCUUUUUACCCCAAUCUUCACAAAACUGAAAGCGAUGGCGCCCUCUCUCCUCCAGGCCUACAGGAGGCGCUGGUGGAUGGCGGUGACGGCAGUGAUUGAAAACCUGCUGUGUUCUGCCGUGCUGCUGGGCUGGGGCUCCCUGCUCAUCAUGCUGAAAAGGGAAGGCUUCUACUCCCACCUGUGCUCAGUGAAUGAGUCUGUGGUCGUGUCCUUGGGCAACUCCUCCGACGGUGAGGUGGAGGAGUGGCUCAGCUGCGUGGACCAGGAGGAAAUGCUAAAUCUGGGCUUCACCAUUGGGUCCUUCCUGCUCAGUGCCACCACCCUGCCACUUGGCAUCCUGAUGGACAGGUUUGGGCCGCGCCCAAUUCGCCUGGUGGGCAGUUCGUGUUUCGGUCUGUCCUGUGCCAUGAUGGCCAUGUCCGCCUACGACCCACAUGUUCUGUCAGCGCUCAUUUUCUUGGCUCUCUCCCUGAACGGCUUUGGAGGCAUCUGCCUGACCUUUACUUCACUCACGCUCCCCAACAUGUUUGGUGCUCUGAGCUCCACCGUCAUGUCUCUGAUGAUUGGCUCCUACGCCUCCUCUGCUGUCACCUUCCCUGGAGUCAAGCUGAUCUACGAUGCAGGCGUGUCCUACCAGGUGAUCAUGUGGACGUGGGCAGGUCUUGCCGGAUUUGUCUGUCUCAACUGUUUCCUCAACUGGCCAACAGAAGGCUUCCCAACACCUGAUGAGGUCGACUACAGUAAGAUUCUCACCAGGCAAGAGUUGCCUACGUCUGACGAGAAGGUUGUUGGCGAGAGACUGAGCCAGAAAAAUGGAGACAUCCGACACUCCACAGAGAAACUACCUAAUGGAUCUGACGCUGCACCCAAUGCUGUUCCCUUCCGUCGCUCUGUGUUCUCUCCUAUCUUCCUGUGGAGUCUGGUUACCAUGGGGAUGUCCCAGCUGAGGAUCAUCUUCUUCAUGGGGGCGAUGAACAAGAUGCUGGAGUUUAUGGUCACCCACGGCGAAGAGCAUCCAUCUGAGGAGCUGGUGACUGAGGCAGCAGAGAAAGUUGGUUUCUACUCGUCCAUCUUCGGCACGCUGCAGCUGCUGUGCCUGGUCACGUGUCCUCUGAUUGGCUACAUCAUGGACUGGAGGAUGAAGGACUGUAACGAUGAGAAGACCGCAGGCGCAGAGAAGAAACCAGUCAGUGGCAAGAGAGACCGUAAGAUCCAGAAAGUGACCAAUGCCAUGAGGGCCUUCAUCCUCACCAACGUGCUGCUGCUCGCUUUCGGAUGCUGCUGUCUCAUAGACAACCUGCCUCUACAGAUCUUGACCUUCAUCCUCCACACAAUGGUCCGAGGCUUCAUCCACUCCUGCUGCGGAGGUCUUUAUGCUGCUGUCUACCCGUCCAACCACUUUGGCACUCUGACCGGCCUCCAGUCCAUGAUCAGCGCUGUGAUCGCCCUGCUGCAGCAGCCACUCUUCAUUGCCAUGGUGGGACCUCUGAAAGGAGACCCCUACUGGAUCAACCUCGGCCUGCUCAUCUGCUCAUUGGCCGGCUUCCUGCUGCCGGGUUACCUGUUCUACCACCGCAGACAGUUGAUGAAGGAGAAGGAGUCCAGAGACAAGCGGGCAGCCGAACAGGAGAUGCAGGCGCUCAACAACACUGAGUCCAACGGCUACAAACCUCACAGCAACGGCCUCGCUGCUGUGGAGGCUUAGAGCGGCGCAGAGCAGAGGAUUGGGGGAAAUUGUAGGAUUUAUUUUUGUACAUGCCGUCAAAAUGAGCAACAGCAAUCGACUCAUCCAUAUGUUUUUUGUCUUGAUAUUUUUUUUUUUUUUUGCUGGUGCACAUUUUGUUGGCCACAAACCAUACCACAGAUAGGAUUCCUCGUGUUUUUUCGGGAGAUGUGUCAUCAUCAUUUGUUGCUGUUUAUUUAUUUUGGUUUAGUUUCCAAAAGCCAAAUUAGUGUGAUUUAAAGCCAUAGAUUUCACUCACAAGCACACGCAGAGACACACACACACCCUGGUAUGGCCUGUGUGUCAGACUGCAGAUAUCACGGUACUUGAAAUAGUUUUCAAAGACGUCUGAUAAUCAUCACAGUCCUCGCUAACACCAAAGAACAGCUUGAAGAUAUUAGUAAAGUUACACUCUCUACUCCAGUAUUGUUUCAAAAAGUGUGCUUAAUGAAGCAGCAUUUGAGUAUAUUGUGCUCUUUCUACUGUAAUCCCUCCCAAAGAUAUAAAUAUAUAUCUAUAAAACAAAGCACACAAGUGUUUAAAGCAUCUGAACAUCUGAAAACCAGACUUCUAUAAAGAGGCCUUUGGGGUAUUUUCACACAGACACACACACACACACACACACACACACACACAAGUACACACACAGAUAGGCUGGUUGUAGAGACACCAUAACUACCUCCUCGUUUCCUUUGUUUUUGUACCGUCUCUCUGCAACCGACUCCUACAUCUGUCUUUUUUUCACAUUAGGAAUAAUUAAUUAAUUCUUCAAUUGUCAAAAAAACCCCAAUAUUAUGAAUUUAAUCAGUUCAGAAUUUCUCCUUGUACAUGCAUGUUCUUCAGAUGUAUUGCUCAGUCAGCCCUCACAUUUCUGGAUUUUUUUUAAUGUAGGAAAACAUUUUUUAAAUGAAAAAAUCCACAAGGAAAAAUAUGACUGACUUUUAAAACUCUGACACACAGUGUGUGUCAAUGUAAUAAAUCACUUUGUACUGCUUUAUGCACAAAAAUGAACUAGUGUGUGUAUAAAAUAUGUAUUUAAGUGUCUUUUUAUACUCUAGCUGCAGUAGAAUUAAAAAGGGAAGCAUUUGUUUCUGUAUCAGUUACUUUGUAGUGUGCUAAUUAUAAAUGAAGCUCAGAUGAUUUGUGUAUUCUGCUUUUGCCUUUUUUUUGUUGUGUAUUGAUUUUCAAACAAACCUCCAUCAAAUUUCUUUUGUAAAUACAACUAAGGUGUGUCUUUUAUUUUGUUACAUAUUCUGCUUGCUUUACUAUAUAUGGAUGUGUACGGUAUAUUAACUGAAGACACUGGCUGUGGUUAAACUUGUUUUUUAAAUGUGAUUUUUCUGCUUGAAAAAAACAGAAAAAUGUGCAUUCUUCCAAAGUGAUGACAAGAUGUGUGUCUAUCCUGUACUGUUUGUUCUGCAGAUUCUGUAGAUUUAUUGAAUUUGUUGUAUAUUUUUUAAUUUUUUGACUCAAUCUAUGUCAGUGUCAAGACCGCUUUAGUAGAGUUUCCUUUCUUGCUUUCUAGUUUUCCAUCAGAAAUGUUUAGCUUCUUGAAUGUUUGCUUUCUCUCCAUGAAGGAGUUUCUGUUUUAUUUCAACUCUGUGCCUUUGCUGCCAUCUUGGCUUUAUUGCAAUAUAUAUGAAUGCCUCUGCCAAACAUCUUUCUCUGUAAACCAAAGCCAUGUGUAGAAA